GUCCCCAUCAGAGUGCCCCUUACAUCAGGUGUCCCCAUCAGAGUCCCUCAGUCCCCCCUUAACAUCAGGUGUCCCCAUCAGAGUGCCCCUUACAUCAGGUGUCCCCAUCAGAGUCCCUCCUUACAUCAGGUGUCCCCAUCAGAGUGCCCCUUACAUCAGGUGUCCCCAUCAGAGUCCCUCCUUACAUCAGGUGUCCCCAUCAGAGUGCCUACAUCAGGUGUCCCCAUCAGAGUCCCUCCUUACAUCAGGUGUCCCCAUCAGAGUGCCCCUUACAUCAGGUGUCCCCAUCAGAGUGCCCCUUACAUCAGGUGUCCCUAUCAGAGUGAACCUUACAUCAGGUGUCCCCAUCAGAGUCCCUCCUUAAAUUAGGUG